UUCCCACCCGUGUUUGUUUUCUGAGUGCGGAGCUCCUCCAGGGUCUAGAGGUUUGUGUCCAGCGCACGUCCAGGAGGGUGUCCGAGGGUCCGAUGUCCUGGCGACUCUGUUCCUCCCUCCUGCAGGCAGAGUAGCGGACCGACGGGCGGACGUGCUGCACAGGUACUUGCGUCCCGCCUGCGAGCCAGAAGCUUAAGUGAAAAUGGUACAUAUAAGAAGACAUGAAACAAGGAAAAGUUCUAAAACUCAAGAGCCUGAGCAGAAAUCUCGAGUUGAUUGGAGGCGGACUAAAAGAAGCAGUAUCUCACUAUUACUUGAUAGUGAUGAAGACCUGGAUAGUGAAGACUUUGAUAGUGAUGAAGAGCUUGAUAGUGAUGAAGAGUUUGAUAGUGAAAGUGUUGAUAGUGAUGAAGAGCUUUCUAGUAACAAGGAGCUUGAUAGUAAUAAAAAGCCAGAAAGUGAAAGAGAGCUUAAAUUAAUUGAAGUUGAAAGUGAAGGAAAUAACUGUGACCAUCUCAUUGACACUGGCAACAAUUCAACAAAUGAAGAACAGAACAAAACCAAAGAGAGUACUAUUGACUUACCACACCAUGGAAUGCAUUCAAAUCAAGAGGAGGAGAAUCUCAACAAACACACUGAUCAAAUAAUAGAGGAGGAUUUAGAAGAAGAACACAUUCACCGAGGGAAGAGAAAAAGAAACUCCUCUGUGAUGUCUGACACCGAGGACAGUGAUGAUAGUGAUAUCCUAGUUAAGAAAGUAGGUGUUAAACGUCCACGUCUAGUGGUUGAAGAUGAAUGUUCUUCAGCAGAGAUGGAGCAAAGACAACCUGAGAAAACUACAGCUGCAAGAAAGCGAGAACAACUCCAGAAACUGAAAGAACUCUCAGAACAAAGAUCUCGUCAGAGACGCACUAGUAGUAGAGAAUUUGAGGACUCUGAAAGGGAAUCCUGCCCAAACAGUGAUGAAAAUGAAGAGGAGGAAGAGGAGGAAGAGGCGGAUUAUGAAUCUGAUGCAGAUGGAGAUAAUUAUAUUAUUGAUGACUUUGUAGUACAAGAUGAGGAAGGUGAUGAAGAGAAUGAAAGCCAGCAAGGAGGAGAACAAUUGACUACAUCACAACUGAAAUUAGUAAAACAGAAUUCUCUUUAUUCUUUUAGUGAUCACUACACUCACUUUGAAAGAGUCGUGGAAGCUCUUCUGAUUAAUGCUUUAGAUGAAUCAUUUCUGGGAACAUUGUAUGAUGGCAUCAGGCAGAAAUCAUAUGCAAAGGAUAUGUUGACAUCUCUUCAUUAUUUGGACAACCGAUUUAUUCAGCCUCGUCUAGAUAGCUUAUACUCUAGAAGCCGUUGGAAAGAGCAGUAUAAGGAGCGGGUAGAAAGUUAUUCUAACGUGAAUAUCCGCGAGAAGAAUUCUAAAGACUGUUGCUGCGAGGCUUGUGGGUUGCAUCGCCACUGCAGGUUCUCUGUGCAUUUGUCAGGGAAGCAGUAUAGCACCAGGACUAUGGAGGCAGAUGAUUUUAUGUCACGUGAUGAACAGGUAUUUUUUGUUGGCAGAGUUUGUGCUCGGCGUACCAGAAUUUAUCAUAAUCUGAAACAUUUUAAGUUCAAGCUGUACCAAGAAUGUUGCUCCAUGACAAAGACAGGAGAAGUUGCAGAUGAACAAGUUAAAGAAACAGUGAAAAGAAUUUUCAAGCAGUCAAAAGAAAAUGGCUGGAUUAAGGAGAAAAGUUCUUGUGACCUGAGAGGGACGAAGCACCUGGUGCCAGUCCAAGGGAAGGAUCUCGGCUGCCAGUCCUCAUACCCCCUCCGCCCCCCCUCGGGACAUGGGACUUAGCAGUGAGCACUGUAAGGGAAGAUCAGAGGUUUCAGGCCUUGGCACUGAUUUUGAUUCCCCCAUAUCCUGUUGAUCACUAGAUUCGGUAUCAGGGGUUGUGGGGUUUGAAGAGUGCACUAGAAUCCUGAAGGUCUGCUGGCAGAGCUUGCAGAUUGUGUGGUGCAGGGAGAGGAUGCUCACGUGACUGAAGUCUUUACAACGGGUCUAGUUACAUGUAUGGGGAAGAGAACAUAUAGUAGAUUUGCAGGCAACUCAGAUC